CUUUUGACAUUUAUAGACCGUUAUUCGGGAAAAGUCAUUAUUUUACAACGUGCCGAAGAGUUAGAAAUGUUACGGUUAAAUAUUUUGUUGGAAAGGACUGAUGCAGUUAUAUUUUAGAGGAAAGAUGGUUUGCACUGAACAUACCACUUUAGCCUUACAAGUUGUUGGCAUCGAAACCUAAUGUUGCAGACACCCCCUCAAAACAAUGGUUUCUCCCAUCAUGGACACUUUUUACUGACGUAAUUUGGGGCCGUGUGAAGCGAGCAGCACUGUUUGUACGUGCUUUGGGUUUCUGAUGAGAAACGCACAGCCGCACUGAGCUGAGCCGUGUUUCUGUGUCCGUGGGACUAAAGAUGUACAAUUAACCACGCUGCCCGUGAAAUCAGACAUUCACAGACCCCCACCGCCAGGCAGCAUCAUGAGCGAGCUGAAGGACUGUCCCCCGCUUAAAUACUACGACUUUAAACCCGUGGAGCAUGUGAAGCUGUGUCCCCGCUACACUGCGGUGUUGGGCCGCUCAGAGGACGAUGGCAUCGGCAUUGAGGAGCUGGAUACCCUGCAGCUGGAGCUGGAGACCCUGCUCUCCUCAGCCAGCCGUCGCCUCCGGGCCCUGGAGGAGCAGAGACAGAUCCUCACAGAGUGGCAGGACAAGAAGGGAGACAAGCGUUUUCUGAAGCUGAACAAGGACCCAGAUCCUGCAGCCCCAGUCCGCCAUAAACCAAAGAAGCAAAAACUUGAUGGCAAGGGUGGCCACGGACCAGGCCCAGGGCCUGGCAGACCCAAAUCCAAAAACCUGCAACCAAAAGUUCAAGAAUAUGAAUUUACAGAUGAUCCACAAGACAUCCCCCGCACUCCAAAAAAUGACGCUCCCAACAGGUUCUGGGCAUCAGUCGAGCCAUAUUGUGCUGAUAUAACAAACGAAGAGAUCCGACUGCUGGAGGAGCUGCUGAAGCCUCCAGAAGACGAGGCAGAGUAUUUUAAAAUUCCAACGUUGGGGAAACACUAUUCACAGCGGUGGGCUCAGGAGGACCUGCUGGAGGAGCAGAGAGAAGGGGCACGAGCCAAUGACAAGAAGAAGAACCUCAUGGGAGGACCGCUGUCAGAACUGGAUGCAAAAGAUGUCGACUCACUGCUGAAGAAAUCCGAAUCCCAACAUGAAUCACCAGAAGAUGGUUGUCCCUUUGGUCCUCUCACUCAGCGUUUGCUUCAGGCCCUUGUAGAGGAGAACAUUAUAUCCCCCAUGGAGGAUUCUCCCAUACCGGAUAUUUCAGGAAAGGAUGCUAACGAUGGAGCUGGGACUUCUCCUCGAAGUCAGGGAAAAUCGUUCAGUGUUCCUCACACACGUUCCCUGGAGGCGCGGAUCAAGGAGGAGCUGAUAGCUCAGGGGCUGCUGGAUUCUGAAGAGCGACCUGGACAGGGAGGAGACUCGGAGGACGAGGUCCUCGCCGAGCUGCAGAAGAGACAAGCAGAACUCAAAGCCCUAAUUGCCCACAACAGAGCCAGGAAGCAGGAGCUGCUCCGGUUGGCAAAAGAAGAGAUGCGCAAGCAGGAACUGAGGCAGAGAGUGAGGGUGGCCGACAACGAGGUGAUGGAGGGAUUCCGGCGGAUCAUGGCAGCCAGGCAGAAGAAACGCACUCCAACCAAGAAGGAGAAAGAUCAGGCCUGGAAAGCUCUGAAGGAGAGAGAAAGCAUUCUCAAGUUAUUAGAUGGAUAAAAGAAGCAAUGUUCUUUUGUUUUUCUUUCAUAGCUCACCCUGUCCUUCCACACUCAGACAACAGAAGCUGUCCUGUAGAGUAUGAAUCUAUGUGGUGUAGUUCUAAUAGCAUGUAACAUCAGGAAGUCCAUUGAUACUCAGCCUUGCGUAAAUAUCUUUUGUACCGUAUUUGUUGGAAUUGUUCUUCACUAUGUUGCCCUUUUUUUUUCUUUUCUUAAAUGAUUGUCAUGAAAAAAUACACAACUAUUGGGAAUGAAACAGAA